AUGCCUCAAUACAGCCCGACUUCGGUCCUCGGUCCUGGUGGAUCGCCCAGCGUUUGGGGCGAGCCGUUGCGGCUGAGUUGGAAUCUUCGGGACGUGCUGCUUUACGCCGUGGGAAUUGGCUCGCGCGACCUGCGCUUUGUGUAUGAGGCGCAUCCUGAGUUUGCCGUCUUCCCAACUUUCCCGAUACGAUUUGGGACGUUGGGGGCUGCCAGCUUUGCAUCUGCCUUACCCCCCAGCUUGGGUCCACUGACCAUCGAUGCAGAGCGCAUGUUGGAGAUGCACCGCCCCCUUCCCACGGCUGGUGCAGCGAAGAUCUGCUCUCGUAUCGUGGGUAUCCAUGAGCGGCCCAAGGGAAGCUCCUUUGUGGAGUAUGAGACUUUGGUCUCAGAUGAUGCAGGGGUGCCGUACUGUCGAUUGGUGACUGGACAGUAUCGCCGCGGCGUGAACCAGUUGGGUGAUAUCGAGCCGUUUGAAGGUGCGGGGACGACCUACAGCAACAAGCUUGCUUUUCCUUCCACGCCGCCGGACGUUACCUGUGAGCAAUGGAUUCCGGAUAACCAGGCUCUCGUUUACCGCCUCUCAGGUGACUACAACCCCUUACACAUCGACGUAGAUGCUGCCAAAGUCGGAGGCUUUGACCAGCCGAUUCUGCACGGACUCUGCACUUUCGGACACUGCGCCAGCAUGCUUCUCGGCGCUUUGUGUGAUGGAGAUCCCGCGCGAUUCAAGAGCAUCAAGGUGAGAUUCUCGUCUCCGGUUUUCAUGAAGAGCUCGCUCCGUGUGCACGCCUGGCACGACGGGCCCGGCAGGGUCCUUUUCCAGGCGGAAGUGGAUGGGAGGUUGGUGGUGGCGCACGCGUACUUCGAGUUUCACGAAGCGCCCCGCGCCGCGAAGUUGUGA